AUGAAGCAUUUUCUUUUUCUGAUCCUCGUAGGAGUGGCAGGUGCCCUGAAAGAUGUUGACAAGAUAGUUGGAGGGUAUGAGUGCCCAAAAAACUCUGUGCCUUACCAGGUGUCACUCUUCACUGGUUAUAACUACUGUGGAGGGACUCUUCUGUCAGAGGAGUGGGUGCUCUCAGCUGCACACUGCAAACCAAAGUCAGAUGUCGAAGUUCGGCUGGGGGAGCAUGACAUCUGGGAGCCAGAAAAUACUGAGCAGCACAUCAUGUCUGCAAAGUUUAUUCUCCACCCCAACUACAACCCCCGCACGAUGGACAGCGACAUCAUGCUGAUCAAACUGAGUCAUCCUGCCACUCUGAACAGCUUCGUCCGUCCUGCUGCGCUCCCAUCAAACUGUGCCAGCACUGGGACCAUGUGUCGAAUAUCUGGGUGGGGGAAUAUCCGCCCCAGUGAUGAGGGCUCGAGAUAUCCAGAUAAGUUGCAGUGCCUGGAUGCUCCUCUCUUGAGUGAUGACACCUGCUUUAACUCAUAUCCUUUCCAAAUCACUGAAAACAUGAUCUGUGUUGGAUACCUUGAGGGAGGGAAGGAUUCAUGUCAGGGGGACUCCGGGGGUCCUAUGAUGUGUGAUGGAGAGCUCCAGGGAGUUGUGUCCUGGGGACGUGGUUGUGCUCAGAAAAACAAGCCUGGGGUGUACACAAAAGUGUGUAAUUAUGUUUCCUGGAUCAAGGCAACAAUGGUGUCUGGCUGA